AUGGUGGAGGAUCGUGGUGGCAAUUUCAUUCUGGACGACUUGGUUCCUGAUGAGUAUGUUGUUUCGCCCUGCCAUGAUCAUCUCCACGAGAUUAAGGUGAUCGCAGAAGGCUACAAAGGCGAACUGUUAAGAGCGGACGAUCUCUGUCGGGCUAUCUGUACCACUCUUCAC